AUGUCGAAGGGCAUAGUAACGUCCGGCGAAGAUGGAGAAGGUGCCGACGAUCAACCGGACUGUGUUGUCGUCGUCGCGGCGAGGAUGGAUGCUGCUGCUGGUAUCUGUUGUUGUCAUCGACGGCGACGAUAUGGUUCUGGAAGGGCUAGAGGCGGUGUGGGUGGCCUGAUAAGGACUCCGGCCGGUGGUGAUUUGACAGUGGUGAGGAUUGGGGAUUUUGUAGAUGUUGUGACUUGGGGUAUUUUAGUCGCGCCGGCGGCGAUGUGGUUCUGGAAGGGCUGGCAGCGGUGGGGGUGGCCUGAUGGGGCUCCGGCGGGCGAGAAUUUUGCAGAGUUGAGGAUUGGGGGGGUUGUGAUUUGGGGCUUUUUGGUCCUGCCGGCGGGUCGUGAACGGCGGCUGCUGGUUGCCGUCGUCGUCAAUGGUGUUGUGCUGACAAGGCUGGCGGCGUUAGGGGCGGCUUGA